AUGAUCGUCCGCUUGUUUUGGCUUGCCGUGCUCUGGCUUGCGUUGGCCAAUGCAAACCCGCUCAAACGUUUGAACCACGUGUGGUCCCAAAGAGGCGUGGCCAAGGAUGAUUUCUUGGUGACUUCGUUGCCGGGUCUUUCGGAAAACAUUGCGCUGGACGAUGUUCCGCUUAUGUUUGCGGGCCAGUUGGAGCUUUAUCCCGAGAACAACACCCACUAUUUUUUCUGGAAGUUUUCCGAUCAGAAGAAAGAACCUGAAGCCGCGAACAGGACCAUUUUUUGGUUGAACGGUGGGCCUGGCUGCUCCUCCAUGGACGGCGCUCUUAUGGAGGCGGGCCCGCUUCGAAUUGGGAAGGAUUACAAAGUGCAGCUCAACGAGGGUUCCUGGCAUAGAAAAGGUGAUGUCGUCUUCGUGGACCAGCCGGCUGGUACUGGCUUCAGUUACUCGCGUGACUAUGAUGUCGAAUUGUACCAGAUAGAAUACCACUUCUUGCAGUUUUUGAAGAAGUACUUCGAGCUUUUCCCUGAAGAUGCCCACAACGAUAUUGUUUUGGCAGGCGAAAGCUACGCGGGCCAGUAUAUUCCAUAUAUUGCACAUGGCAUCUUAGAGCGGAACAAGAAACUUGCAGAUGGAGAGCUGCCGUACCAUUUGAAAGGACUUGCCAUUGGAAACGGCUGGAUCUCGCCUAACGAGCAAAGCUUGUCGUUUGUGCCUUUUGCUGUUCAGGCAGGCCUUGUUUCGCAGAAAGACCCCGGAUGGAAAGCCAUUUUGCAGCAGCACAUGAAGUGCCAAGAUUUGGUGGCGGCUUCACAUGAAGAUGACACGUUUGGUGCCAACCUGGUUGUGGAUAAAGAGUGCGAGAAGGUGUUGAAUACCAUCUUGUACGAGUUGGUGGACCAUUCGGCUCUGCAGUACGAGCAGUGCAUCAAUAUGUACGACUAUACGCUUCGUGACUCGUUCCCGUCAUGCGGAAUGAACUGGCCACCGGAUUUGAGCAAUGUUAACCAUUUCCUAAAGCUGGAUGAGGUUAUGUCUCUGUUGAAUCUCGUGCAGCAAAUCUCCUGGACAGAGUGCUCGGAACAUGUGGGGAAGCAGAUGAAGGCUCGCCAUUCCAAACCAGCUAUCACAUUAUUCGCUGAUCUUUUGGCUGAAGUGGAGAUUCUCUUGUUCCACGGUAAUAGAGAUAUCAUCUGCAAUUAUAUGGGCGCAGAGAGUAUGAUUAAGAAGCUCCAUUGGGGUGGGCAGACUGGAUUUUCUGCCGAUUCGCCUGUGCUCAAGUGGUUCCACGGUGAUGAAGAAGCGGGUUACGUCAAGUCCGAACGUAACUUGACCUUCGUCAAUGUGUUCGAUGCCUCGCACAUGGUUCCUUUCGACAAGCCUGAGGUUUCUAGUGCACUCGUGGAUAUUCUUUUCAAGCGGUUCACCGUGGCUGAUGAUAAACUCCAGACACAGGCAAAGAAAACGAAUGCCAACCAGAACGAUAGUCCGAGCGCCAGCGAAAAUGACAACGAAUCUGGUCGUACAUCUGAAUCAGCAUCAAGCUCGCCAAGCGAGUCCGCUGCUACAGAAACCGAGUCUCAUGCCACUCGCAUUGUCCGGCUCAUUCAGCUAGCGGUCAUUAUCAUCCUCAUAUGGGGCUUGUGCGCCAUCUACUCAACUUACAGGUCAAAGCCAACGUCCAUCAUAAAGACCAAGCCCUCAGGCCGCAAAAAGAAUGUGCAAUGGGCUGAUCUUAUGCCACAAGAGGAACCGGCGCCGAAAGGGUUCUUGUCCAAGACAUUGAAUAAGUUGUCGCGGACAGAGCACAAGUACGUCCCUGUGGACAUUGAGUUGGGCCCAACGGACGGCAUGGACGACGCAAGUUCCGACUCAGGACCUUCCAACGUGGGAACGGCUGAGACGCCAGAAUUCGUCAUUGCCUCAGACGACGAAGAGAACGCGCACGAACAUACGGAAGAACACUAG